GGAGGGCUUGUGAGAGGAAGCGGAGCUGUACUGCACACAUAGCGGGUCGGGCGCGCGCACGUCGGAUCAUCAGCUCGUCUCAUCGCGGCCGUUCAGCUACACGUUAUUUGAUCGCAACAAGAUGCCCCUGGGUGAAGAUGGACACUCUUGGAAGGAAAAGACGUCUAACAUCAAGGAAAUCUAUGACUUCAAGGAUGUCUUGGGGACCGGCGCGUUCUCCGAGGUCGUCCUAGCCGAGGAAAAGCGAACAACAAGGUUGGUGGCGAUAAAGUGCAUCCCGAAGAAAGCGCUGGAAGGGAAGGAGAACAGCAUCGAGAACGAAAUCGCCGUUCUUCACAAGAUAAAACAUGCCAACAUUGUAUCUCUGGAGGACAUCUAUGAGAACAAAUCGCACCUCUACCUCGUCAUGCAGCUGGUGUCUGGCGGCGAGCUCUUUGACAGGAUUGUGGAAAAAGGUUUUUACACGGAGAAGGAUGCCAGCAAGCUCAUCCAGCAGAUCCUGGAUGCCGUCAAGUAUCUGCACGACAUGGGCAUAGUGCACCGAGACCUGAAGCCGGAGAACCUGCUGUAUUACAGCAUGGACGAGGACUCGAAGAUCAUGAUCAGUGACUUCGGCUUGUCGAAGAUCGAGGGCUCGGGGAGCGUUAUGAGCACGGCAUGUGGCACUCCCGGAUACGUAGCUCCGGAGGUUUUGGCUCAGAAGCCUUACAGUAAAGCAGUGGACUGCUGGUCCAUCGGUGUCAUUGCAUACAUUCUUUUGUGUGGCUAUCCUCCAUUUUACGACGAGAACGAUGCCAAGCUGUUUGAGCAGAUCCUGAAAGCCGAAUACGAGUUCGACUCGCCAUAUUGGGACGACAUCUCUGAUUCAGCUAAGGACUUCAUCGUCCAUCUGAUGGAGAGAGACCCGAAUCAGCGCUACACGUGCGACCAAGCCCUGCAGCAUCCAUGGAUUGCCGGUGAUACAGCCCUGGACAAGAACAUCCAUGAGUCUGUGAGCGCUCAGAUCAAGAAGAACUUCGCCAAGAGCAAAUGGAAGCAAGCGUUUAAUGCUACGGCCGUGGUCCGGCACAUGCGUCGCCUCCAGCUGGGCACCAGUCAAGAGGGGCAGAGCCAGCUGUCACCCCACAGCCCCUGCAGUGAGCGUCUCCUGCUGCCCGAGGGAACCGAGGAGGAAGAGGACGAGCAAAGCGCCACCCAGAGGGACAAUAACGGCUGCUCCGAAAGCGCCGGCGAGGGGGCGGGGCACGACAGCAUCCCGAACUGUGCCUUCCGCGUCCACCCAACCAGCCGGGUCUGAGCCUGCCAAUCAUCCUUCUCCAACCAAUGACUUGACUGUCCCGUGUUUCUACUGGAGUCCUACCACACACCCCCCAGUCUGGCCAGGAAUACUGAGUUUAUAGGACUCCAGCGCUUGGCCACUAGGUGGCGCCGCAGUCUAAAGAAUUCCAGGUGGGAAAGGGGGUCGCUAUGCCAACAGACGGAUUCUGUUUACAGAGUUAUGGGUUUCUGAAAAAGAAGGGAAGAUAGGGAGAAAGGAAAAAAGGAAGUAGAGGCGCGUACCACAGCUGCAUUAUGGGUAACGGACUGAGACUGGACAGUUUUAUCUUCUGUUUAGCAAACUACAUAAUGUUUCAUCCUUCUGUCUUGGUUAAAAAAAAAAAAAUGGUUUUAAGGUGGGUUGUAAAAUGGGUCCAAAAAAAUUUUCACUCAAACUAUUUUUUAAUUUAUUUUUAUUUCGCCUGCACAUCAAAGGCAGUUUCAUAUGCGAUUCAGAGUACACACUUUUGUGUUACCUUGAGAUCAUAACUAAUGCUGUGCUGCACGUAAAUCUAACCUGAACCUCAGCUUCAGCAACAAAAAAUCUAACUUUUACAUGCUUUUAUUUUAUUUUUUUAUUAUUAGUUUAAUAAACCACCCAAAUUAAUCAACAUUGUCAGAUAUUCCUAUCCUUGUGGGAAGAUUUGGUCUACAAAUAUUUCUUGUGGCUUUAUGCACCAAAGGUAAAGCUGAAAUUCCCAUUAGUUCAUGCACAUGAAAGCAUUUUAACACUGCCAUUACACAAACAUGCACCUGGUCUAUGUGACAUUAUUUGUGCAGAGUUAUACUUGUACACAUCUUGUCCAUGUUUGAUUCUAAUCAAUAGUGUCUGCGUCAUUGCUUCAUGGAACUUCUUUUGUUGUUUGUCACGCGUCAGACACAGUCUUCAGUGCCUUCGUGGUUGCCGUUGUUCAGGUUUUUUAUGCUUGGUUUUUACGCCUGGGUGCAGGAUGCUUGAAAUGUCUAAACCCGUGUAUGUGUUUGUACAGUAUGUGCAUGUUUGUCUGUUACCAUUCAUAUAAAUGUUUUUAUAUGAUACUGUUUCUUUUAAUGAUGGCUUUACUCAGGGGAUGAAGGUAUGUUAAGGAUUUUGGGGUUUUAAAUAAAUGGUACAGGAUUCAUUAGAUGACAGAUUAAUAUUAAUAUGAAAUAUUAGUGUGGUGGCCUGGGGAAAAACAAAACAAAAUAAAACUGUCACUAUGGUUAAAACUGUAAAUAUAUUUCACUGAAACAGCAUAAAAACAAACCAGAUAAGUGCUUUAAACGCUUAAAACAAGUUGUUCAGGUUUCAUAGUGAGACAAGAGGAACAUGCAUAUUAAAUCAGGUAAACUUUUUUCAGAACUACUUACAGUAGAAAUUACAAAACUGUCCUCAUGUGAAGGGUUUUCCCAGGCUGCCACACACACACAUAUAUAUUUACACACAGGAAAUUAUUAUUGCCCUUGACAUGGGGGUCUGCUGUAAUAUUUCUAAUAAUGCUAUUGCACCACUGAAUCUAUACAAAAAAAAAAAAAGAAAAAGAAAAAAAAAGAACGGCAUUAUUAAAGAAAUUUUCUUGUA